GUUGACGGCUGUGGCAAGGACCUUUCUGGCGAGAAGGCUUACCUGCAGCGGUACUCGGUAUGCGAGGGGCACUUCAAAGCCGAUGUGUCUUUUCUUCACGGUCAAGAGGUGCGGUUCUGCCAGCAAUGCAACAAGUUCCAGGAUCUGCGGGAGUUCGAAGGUGCUCGGAGG